GGGAUAAAGUCCUCAAGUAUACCCGGAAGAAGGUGGCGCCGCGCACAUGCGCUGUUGGGAAACAUGGCGGAAUUGGAAAUCGGGCAGCAUUGUGGGGUUGAAGAGUGUAAACAGCUCGAUUUCCUCCCUUUUGUCUGUGAUGGCUGCUCAGGAGUUUUCUGCAUUCAGCACAGAAGUCUGUCUGCUCAUGGUUGUUCUGAGGCAAAUCUAAAAAACAAAAAUAUGAAAUUGGAUUCUCACAAAUCAUUUCCAUGCAUGUAUAAAGAUUGUGAUGGAAGAGAACUUGUACCCGUCUUAUGUGCUUAUUGUGAAAAACAAUUUUGCUUAAGGCACCGUCAUCAGUCAGACCAUGAGUGUGAGAAACUGGAAAUCCCUCAGGCUCGUAUGACUGUCACUCGGCAACUGAUUAAAGAUAUUGUAGAUUCUAAAAAAGAAGCCACAGCAAUUAAAAAAUGCAGAGGAGCCAAGAACCCCGAAACAGCUGCGAAAGUGGCCCUGAUGAAACUAAAAAUGCAUGCAUGUGGGGAGAAGUCUGUACCGCAGACAAACAGAAUCUAUUUCCAAGUAUUUUUACCCAAAGGAAGCAAGAAUAAAAGUAUACCCAUGUACUUUUGCAGCAAAUGGAGCAUUGGCAAAGCGAUAGAUUCUGCAGCCCGCUUAGCAAGCCUUAAAAAUGACAACAACAAAACCACAGCCAAGAAAUUAAGACUUUGCCACACAGCAUCUGGAGAAGCCCUGCCUUUGGAUCACACAGUAGAAUCGUGGAUAAACUCUAAAGAAUCGCCGCUAUAUAAUGGGGGAAAUGUGAUCCUGGAAUAUCUUGAUGACAUUGAACUUUUAGCAGAUACAGAUUCUUAUCUAUAGUAAUUAUGGAAAAUACUGUUUUUGUAUUUAUUGUAUCACAUUGAACAUGAGAAGACUUUCUGUUUUGCUAGCUCUAUGGUACAAGAGUGAUUUUUCCUAAGAAAUGGGAAUUCAAUUUAAAAAGAAAUCUGUAUUUAGUCUUUUGUUUUCCCAAGUGGGCAAAUACAUUUGUCAUACAUGUCAUCCCAUAUACCGAAAAUUGAGUUCAGAUUGACAUACUCAACUGAAAAGUCUACCUGUGGUGCUUAAUACAUGUGGGUUAUUAUAAACUUAGUAUUCAAGUACAGCAGGUGAUUGUGUUAUUUGCCUGCUAUUUUCUGAACCAAUUAAAAUAAAUGAAGUUGAAAUAAAAUCCAAAAAUAGAGUUGGUUUAUUAAACAUAAUGGAAGAUUAUUCUAUUUUAUUUCACAAAAUUUUGUCUUUUGCUACUAAUGGUCCUGAAAAAGAGAUUUUAGGCACCACUCAGAGUUGCGUGAAAGAUGGUCCACUAUAUAAAUAGUUUAAAUAAAUGUUUUUUAUCAAAUAAUGAUAGGGACUAAAAUAUCUCCAGCAAGAAUGGAAAUACCGUACAUGAUAGUUUUGGUUAAAAUGAUUAUUUCAAUAAGCAUUGCUCAUUCUACUCCUAUGAUCCAACUAUUCAUAGAUGCUCUUUUGGAAUUUUAAUAUUUAUUUUGAAAACCAUACUGUAUUUACAGUUCACUUGCAUAUUUAAUUUUGAUGUUAGCUGGAUUUGGGAUCAAUUAAAUGGUUCAAAUGUCAAUAGAACAUUAUGACGUGUCUUACAGUUGUAUCAACUAUGAACGAUUUAAUCUUUUUCAACCCUGACUUUUAUUUGUCAAAAAUAUUUGAAGUAAUGUAAUUAAUAUUGUCAGAUAAGUGCCCUACUGGAGAAAGUGACACCAUUACUGUCAAUUUGCAACUCUAUCAGCUACAGAAGCAGAAAUAUUUGUGUGAGAAGCUGUGUGUGGUCAUACAAAAACCUGUAACAACCAAGCCAUUUUUUUUCUUAUAAAUUAUAAUGUGUAUUUUAUAAAUUAUAUAUCAUGUUACAAUAUUCCAAUAUAUUUCUCUUUAUGAAAAAGGCGAUUUGGAAUUUGAUUUGGUGAUAGGCGAUAUUGUAGAUUAGUACAUUUGGCUAAUCUAAUACACAAUAUAAACAUUUCAAUGUUUCUCAAAGAAGGAAAACCAAUGAAUGACAAUAUCCAGCGUGGGACAUAUACCUGCAUGUUCAAAGUAUCUUUUAAACAUUAAAAUACUAAUUGCUUGUGGGCAAUUUGGAAAGACACCGUGUUGAAAUACAUUGAUAAGAAAAGUUAACUACUUUGGGUUUUAUAUUUAUGAAAGUAAUAUAAGACUGGGGAAGGAAAUCAUGGCAAGUGUGUCCAGAAGCCCUUUUUUAAGGCGAGACAAUGCCCAAUACUAUUUUGUUGUAACAUCUUAAAUGAAAUAUUUUUUGCAAUCAAAGAAUACCGUUCUCUCCUUUUCACCGCCAUUUAUCUCCAUUCCUUAAUACAAGGUAAUGUUGUACCUUGAUGAACGUAUCUUUUAUGUACACUGAGAGC